AAAUAUGAACACAUCUUGUAAAGGUUAAUUGAGGCGAAAAAUCUAUAUAACUUCUUUAUUGGAUUGGCUUGAAAUAAAAUUUGAAUAUUAUUUAAAAAUCAAUUUUGAUGUAAAUUAAUUUUACCAACUAGUAUUUAUCUAGGCAGGCUGUGAACGUUCAUUCUUCUAGUUAUUUCGAAAGCAUCAGUCUUUUUGUUUCGGCAAGCCAUCAAAAUCUGAACAAAAAUUUUUAAAAAUUUACUUUAGUAACGAAAUUUUUAGAAUGUGUAUAGGACCUACGAUAGUCUUAAGAUUGCAUUUAAUUUAAAAUAAAAAAUUCCCCUUGGUGUAGAUUUUUAAGUACAAUCUUUUUAGUUUGUAAGACUUUUAAAAUAAAAUGGACAAAGCGGAUAAAUCUUCAAAACUUGCCGACAACUUCCUGUACAUGUUGGAGUUUGUGGUGGACGAUCUGCUGAUUACGCGCCAGAAUCUGUGUGCGCCAGAGGAGUAUCCCACCUGUACGGAGAUUACGUUCAGGUCAAUCUUUUUGAACAUCUGUGAUCGGGAGAAUGGCACCUGUGUUAGCCCCUGUUCACCGAAGACUGGAAAGUGCGCACUGUUCACGCUGGAUACCCCGAUUACGGACGAGGAUGUGAUGAAUAUACAUGUUUAUAAGAAACGCUCGGAGGGCUGCAAGUUCUUGCUCGGAUUGACGGAGCUCAAGAUGAAGCCGAUCUUUGAUAGAGUGAAGAAGGAAUUCGAUUCGGUUAAUAUAAACUGGGAGGAGAACGUGAUGACGCACGUUUCGCGAUUGCCCAGGAUUAGGGGUCCUUGUAAAAAGAUCAAUACUUGCGAUUGCUUCGAGAAGCAUAAGACGCGCCUUGAGGCGUGGUGUCCCACAUCUGAGAUAACCAAGCGAAUGCUGCCCCUCUUCAAUCUCUGCAAGAUGCAAACAGGGAACAUUGUCCUGAUCCUGAGAUUGGUUUGCAAUGGUCCUUCCGUAGUUUCCUCAUUCGCCGUCACUCCCAAAUGCAAGAACCCCUGCUGCACUUCCUGUUGUCCCUGCCCAGAAACAUGGCCUGCUCCUUGUUCGUCCCCAAUAGAUCCCUGCGAUCCCUGCAAAUCCGUGAAAUCUAAGAAGACAUGAACAGGAACAAAAGCGGCAUGGAUUUUAUAUUCCGUUUUUAUUCAAGCAUGUUUUGACAAGGCUGCGCCGCUGAUUAAUUACUAUCAUUCGAGUAGUAGAUCUUUAACAAUAAAGUAUUUUACACUUUUCUACAUCAA